CAGAGCUUCAGCGCAGUCGCGAAUUCUUCCAGCAGCAGCAGCAACAUCGUUGAGGCAACAUGCUGUGGCUGAUUGUGGCGCUGUCGUUCGCAUCGACCUGGUUUGGCGUGCGGCUCUUGCACUUGGGUCUGAUUGCCGCCUUCCCAAACAUUCUCGUGCGACGGGACGGCCGUGGCAAUCGUGUCGGGAGUGGGUGUGCUUCAGCGUCAUCAAACGAGCUGACCCACUUGAUUCCCGCCAACAGCGCGACGGCUGCAUCCGACGCCGUUGCAGCGCCUUCGUCCAGUCAGUUUGUGGGAUCCCAACAGCACCAGCAGCAGGGAACGCCGCGCAAGCAGCCGGAUGGCUCUGGCAUUGUCCGAGUGCUCUGGUGUGAAAGAUCGCCUUCGCUUGCUCGUCUCGCUCUCGCCAGCACAUUGGUGACGAAUGGGACGGCAGCCAGAUUGUCGCUCACUGUCGUACCGCCGCCCUCCGAACGCCAAGCGGAUGCUAGUCUGGCAGCAAGCAGCACCACUGCUCUUCAUGCUGCUCCGGGAGUGGCAGACGUUGAGCUGCAGUGCCUGUCGUGGACGGCGGUGAGCUUGGUGCGGACAUUCCUCGCUGGUUGUCUGCAUAGCGUUCUCUCAGUCGUCCACCGAGCACCGAGCACCACUCCAGCGACCCAUACUACGACGCGUACUACUACGACUACUACUCCUCCUUCUACAACGAAUGCCACGACGAAUCAAGAUUUGCCUGCAAGAGACUCGGCGACAACUCGAAAACUUGCCAAGUGGAUGUCAACGUCCCAUACCGCGAUUGCCGUGUCAAGAGCAUCGUACUGGAGCCGGCUUUGGUUGUGGCUUUGGAGCACGCUCAUCUCGGCAACGUCCAACCCAUUCGUUCAGUUUGCCGACGCGCUUCAGGCCAAGGCAGACGCCGAAGAGCUCCACAAGGACGCCAACAAGCUCAUGGCCGACAUUUCCCCAGUGCUCCUGGUCGGCCUAUCCUCGUCCAAUGAAGCUGUCGCCUCGGCUGCAGCAUUGCAAGCCAUCGUUGACGCCGCGGUUGCCUCUUGCAGCGAGUUGAUUUUUGUUCCAGUCUCAAUCUUGCUGAACGAUAACAGUCAGACUCGCACGGUGGCUGUGGUCACGGCACACGAGCCGUUUGUGGUUCCCGCACCAACAGCCGUCUCAGCCUCGCUCAUCGCUUCGAUCGAAAAGCAAAUUGCAACGUCGCUGGCCACGGGUAGCCCCGUCCCGCCUCCGAAAGCCGUUCCAGCGCAGCUCGGAUAUGUGACUGCGCGUCUUGCGAUUCCUCGUGGCGUGCAGUGCACGUUCACCCAACGACUCACCGCCCAGUCGCACGCAGCCUUGGCUCUUGCUUGGCUCUCCUCGAGCGGCAACACGGAACAGCGCAAUCAGCUGUCGGCAUUGAUUGCUCGGAUUCGCCGCUACGCCGAUGCUGUGCGCGGCGCAUACGAAACGGAUGUCGUACUCCGGCGAUUUGUACCUGCAUCGCCUGUUGCACGAUCGCCCCUUGCACGUUUGCCUGGGGCAAUCCUUCGCAUUGUCUACCUCGCUGGCCUGAUUGCCUUCUGCCGGAUGCUCACACUUCCAGUCUACUGCGGGUUUAACGCUCUGCAUGCAGUUGUCCGCCGACGCCUUGCCGAGACGCACGAUCGCGCGUUCGUCACGCACAUCAUCACCAUCUCGGCCACCUAUCUGAUUGUGUCUGUAGGCGUCCUGACGUCGUCCUUGGGUCUGAUCUUUGACAUUCGCGAACUGCGAAUGCCAUUCCUCCAAUCCUCGACCGAUCAGCACAGCUCCGCCAUGCUGGCCGUGUCUACCAUGGUAUCCGUGGCUGUGCUUGUCAUGCUGGUGCCCGCUUACAUUUUUGCGUGCAGAGUGUGGCUGCUGGCGUCCGCCGCGUGGCAGGUCUUGCAGGCGAAUGUGCGGCACUUGCCCUCCGAGCAACAGGCCACACUGCGUCGGCUCGCUUUGGAACGCGACCAGCUCACGAACGAGCUGUUGACCAUUGUGCAAUCUUGGCAGCAACAACAAGAGCGGUUAAAGUGGCCAUCACCAUCAUCGCGGCCUGUGACCGUCUUUGAAAUUGAUGAAACCGACUUUGCCGAGCCUCAGCCUUCUCCUCUCAGCUCGAUGUGUGCUCCCCGUGAUGAUGGCGCAGGCCUGUCAGCUGCCGAAAAGCGAUACUGCGCCUGCCUCACGUGCCUACCUCCUCCUUUCAGCCUCACCGUUCCGUCAGUUCAUUCUGCAGCUCAGUCGUUUUUGCAGUUUACCGUCAAUCCUGCCUAUCUGUUCCACCUUUACUUGCCUCCAAUGACGCAAAUUCCGGUGCUGUCCAAUCGUGCCUACUCGCAUGGCUCGUUCUUUGGCGCCACUCCUGGCCUGCUUGCAGAUGAAACUUGGAGACGCAUUCUCGCACGAUUGAUGCCUGACGUGCAUGAACACGUUGUUGGCAUUAUGCGAAAAGCUGCUUCCGUGGCCGAGUCGCGAGCGCUCAGCGAGCAGCAUGACUUUGUCCUGUCGAAUGGCGCAUUUGGGUGGACACGACUGACGCCGCCGAGCUUUACGCUCGUGUCGCUCUUCCGACUUGCGCUGUCAACCCCGCGAGCCGUCUUCCGUGCAAGUCAGCAGUUGGGUGUGCUUGUCCAUGAGGCGUGGUACCGCGUUCGCAAUCCCGUCAUCUACAGCGGCAACGGCGCAUCGCGCUCCCCGUCCUCCUCGUUUUCGGUCGCAGCAAGCUCCGUAUCGCCGACCACGUCGAGCACAUCACUCCAAACCCUCGCAGGUGCUGCACCUACCAGCCUACCCAACAAGAUUGAUCUGGAACACACCUUUUCGCGCCUCGCAGGUCUGCGUGCCCACCGAUCCCCGCUUCUACUGCAUGGCUCGCACAUCACAUCGGCGCUCAUCAAUUCCAUGGAGAAUAACCCCGUCGUGGCUGCAUUUGGUGCGCUCAAACACGUGGAAUAUUGCCUUCAACAUGGCCUGCCAAUCCACCCGCUCGUGUUUGAGUGGGACAUUUUCCUGUCCCCGAAACUGCUCAGCAAGUGGCGGCGCUUGUACAAGACGCAGUCGCAAGUGCAGUCUGCCGCUUCGAGCAAUCCAUCUUGCAUUCCUUCCCCAGCACACGCGCGGUCGGGAGAGUCUGGACCUGCAACUGUGGCAGCUGGAGUUCAAGACACCCACACUGGCGGCGGCUUCGAUCCUGCCUCCUCCGUAGUGGCCCCUGUGGCAAGCUCGGCUUCGGCGGAUAUUGCAGUGCACGAGGUGUCUGUCGGGCAAGUUCCAUUGAGUCUGAGUCCCGCUCCAAGUCCCAUGCGGCCGUUCGCGUCUGGUGGUGCUCAGCCCAUCCCGUCCGCCCAGUUGGAUGGGUUUGCCCUCGAUGCCGCUGCCGCGCCAGCGUUGCUCGAUCCAGUUGGAGCGGCCACAGAUUUCGAGGCAGUGCUCGAGACAGCCAUCGCCCACGGCAAUGUCGUUCAGUCCCUGCUUGAGCUCGUGGGCUACCCGCAGUAUGAAAACGUUCUGCGUGCACCCAAGACCUCGAUGGGAGGUGUGUCGGCGAAAGAGUGGCUCGUCUUGUUUGCCGAGGCGCUCAGGCUGGCGCAGGUGAUUGUGGCGCCGCCCGGCAAAGCGUCAGCACCAGCACCAGUACCAGUACCAGCACCAGCAGACGAGAAUGCAAGCACUGCUAGUGAUCCCAUGUCCGUGGCUACUGCUCUGCGCAUCAUCCACGAUUUGUCCCAGGGCAAGCUGCGUGGAAGAGCGCCCAGAGGUCGUGUCGCCGCCCUAGAUCGUGCUGGUCAAGGCUCCAACCCGUGGGUCCAGUCGACCUCCUCCAUCCCGUUGUCCAUUGCUCUCGACAUCAAGUCCCGCGGAUUGACGCCUCAAAUGGUCUGCGACUAUGUGCGAUCCCUCAAUCAGAUUGGCAUUCACGUCGCCGCGGUCGGCUCGUUCAACGCAAAAGAGAUUGAAGGUGUCGGGCGAACAUUGGGUCGACAGCAUGUUCGAGUGCCCGUUUCAGACACGGAGUCGCACUUGACAGAGACCCCGCCGCCUCUGGAUGUCAUCUUUUACCAUUUUGUCGGCAACGUUCAAGAGGCGUGCCUCACAGGGCGCCUGAAACGUGGCGAUCACGCCCUGUUCAACGGCGGCUCCUUGCUGCGCCACAACCCCUUCCCCGCUCUGGAGCGUCCCUUCACGAGCAGCAGCUCUUCCUAUGGACAAAUGCCCAACAGCCAUGCCGACAUGCCAUUUGACGCGCGAAUGGCCGAGUACGACCACCUGAACUUUGUGCCCGACCUUGCCGUGAUUGACGGACUGCGCGCUCUCAAGGCUCAGGUUGCUAUUCACCUGGGCAUGUACAUUCAAGAGACGGUGGCGCACCACGACGCCAUUGCCGCGCUUGUUUUGUUGUGCAACAAGGAGCCUGCGCUCUUUGAUCUCGGGUUUGCGUUUGGCGGUCUUGAUGACUCGGCUGCUGGAAACAUUCUCACGGGCGGCACUUUUGCAACCGUGACUGCAGCUGUGAGUCGCGCCUUGUCCCGCUCUUCGUCGUUUGCAGGCCGUGGACCCGCCGGCGCUCCCUAUUCACCGGCACAGAGUGUCCGCAACUCGAUGAUCAGCACUGGCUCGGACCAGUUGCGGCACGACCGACCACGAUCUGGCACGUUUGAUGCCGGAUUGACUGCUUCUGGGGCACCGCAGCGGUCUCACUUGGAUCGCUCGCGCUCUGCCUCGUCAUCUGCCUCGUAUUCUCAAGAUUCAUCGAGUACCAGCUUGAGUCCUAGUUCAAGCGGUAGUGCGAGCACCAGCAGCGCCAGCAGCAGCGCGAGUGCCGCUGACGCCACAGCGAUGGGAACUGGCAAGCAAUCCCUGCUUGGCAAGCCGUGGAAGCUGACCCAGUAGAGCCUCUUGCGUGCGGCAUCUUUUGGGGUCCUUUUUCUCGUUAUCGUUCUCGGUCGUUUGUUUCAAUUCUCAGCAAGUCAGAUUUUUUGUUGUUUUCGUUUGUUUUUCGGUUUUUGCUGUUUUGUUUUGUUGUUUGUUUGUUUGUUUG